UCAUCCCUUCUGUCUGUCUGCCUCUCUCUCUCACUCUCUCUCUCUCUCACACACACACACUCUCUCUCACGCACACGCUGGCCAUGCGGCUGAGCGAAAAGGCGACAAAGCGCCUGCGUCUGAAGGUGGAGGAGACGCAGAGCGUGACGGUGUUCCUGUCGUCGCCGUUUGGUGGCAUGGAGCGGGAGCGCCACGUGUUUAUCGAACAGUACCUGCCCAUGCUGCGCGGCAUGUGCGAGUCCCACGGCGUCUUUCUCAAAGUGUGCGAUCUGAGGUGGGGCAUCUCUGCACAGCAGGCGCAGCUGAAUGAGACACUGCUGAUCUGCUUGAAGGAGAUUGACGACGCCGACAUCUUUGCAGGAAUGUACGGUCGUCGCUACGGGUCGUGCUAUGAUCCCGCCGACCCAAGCUCCGAGUGGGUGCUGCACAGCUUCCAGCGCGCCGCAGCCGACUACCCGUGGGUCAUGCACCACAAAGACAGAGCCAUCACGGAGAUUGAGUUUCGCCACGGCUUCAUGAACUCCCCCGGCCGGCGCCCCGCCCUCUUGUUCUUCCGCGACUUUGCGUUUGAUGAGGAGAUGGAACACAUGGACCUGUCGCCCAAGGAGAAGCGCAAAUACGCCCACCCGGGCACGGCUGCCCUGGCCAAACUCAACGCGAUGAUGGACGAGUGCACCGCCCUCGCUGAGACGCCAAACACAACGAGCGUUGACGGUCAGACACCCUCGACCUCAUCCACACACACACAACUGGAACCGUGUUCUCUCCAGUCCCACAUCCAAACUUGCACACAUUUACAAGCUCACGAACACACACACACACACACACACACACACACACACGCACACACAUUCACACUUUCACUCACACACACACACACACAUUCACACAUUCACACACACACACACACACACACACACACACACACACACACACACACACACACACACACACACACACACACACACACACACACACACACACACACAUGCACUCAAACCAUGGCCCACAGCACCGUGUCUGGGCUGACGGCCAAAGACCUCUACGCGCAUCUGUUGCAGUCCGUGCGCCCCUCCAACGACGGCACGAGCACAUCAACCACCACCAGCACCACCACCAGCAGUACAGCAAGCGCACUCACAUCCCCGACCACACUGUCCACGUUCACGUCACCAGCACCAGCACAAACUCCGGCACCACCGCCGCCGCCGCAACCGCACGCACUGUUGCGACCAGACCUCCCUCCUCGCAAACGCGGCAAGACAACAGAUGGUGACGAUGGUCAUGGUGGUGGUGGCAACAGGCAGCGUACGGUGCUGGUGAUUGACGGCGUUGAUAAGCUGGAGGAUGAGAUGUUUGCAUGGCUGCCGGGACGAAAGGUCGCGGCCUGCGGAUGGCUGCCAUGCAACCCCGCCACCAACCAGCACUACCAACAACAACACCAACAACAACACCAACAACACACACCCCGGCAGCAGCAGCAGCAGCAGCAGUCAGCGUCGCAACAACAGCACCCGUCCCCACGCCAUCAGCGGGACGGCGGAUGCACCGUGGUGGUGUCUGUUGCCACGCCGGCUGCCCGGGAUGCGCUCUUAUGCUCGUUUCCACACGCGGCAGUGGUGGAUGUGUCGCCACUGAGUCCAGCUGACCGCCGAGCCAUGGUGACGGAGGUGCUGUUGCGUGCAAGCAAGACCCUGCCGCCUGAUCUACAGGAGCAAGUGAUUUCCAAUCCGCAAACGGGCAACCCGCUGUUCCUGCAGCUGCUGUUGGAUGAGCUGAUCCAGUUUGGGCAGUUCAGCACGCUCUCGAGGAAGGUGAGCGAGCUGACCGCGUGCAAGACGACAGAGGCGCUUCUGGAGACCAUUCUCUGUCGCAUCGACGCCAACUUUGCACACGUGCGUACGUUGCUUGCAAGCAACGUGGUCGCCCGCAGCAUGCGCUUGAUUGCGUGUGCGCGGAGCGGCAUCAUCCCCGGCACGGAGCUCCGAGAUCUCCUCGGCCUUGCGGACAGCGCUUAUGAUCUGCUGUGGUCGUCGCUGCUGUUCAACAUCAAACCGCUUGUCUCCAUUCGCUCCGGCCGCGCGUCCUUCUCCCACAGCCACAUUGCAGCAGCCGUCCACCGCAAGUACAUCCACCACGCGCGCACACGAGCGGUGCAGGCGCACAGGGAUGCGCGUGGUGACAGUGGUGGUGGUGAUCGUAACGCAGGUGGUGGUGGUGGUGGUGCCAGUUAUGGUGAUCGCAGUGCAGGUGGUGGUGGUGGUGGUGGUGACAGUGGUGUGGGGAAGGUUGAAAUGGUGCAAGCAGCACAGGACAAGGCGGAGACACAUCCCACCACCACCACCACCACCACCUCCUCCUCCUCCUCCUCCGCUGCCAUCACGAUGAUAACGAUGGCAGGAGCAGCACCAACAACACGUGUGGGCGACGGGGAAGACGUUGAGGAGAAGGAAAACGACACGCAGGCGAGGAAGCGAGCGAAGAUGGUGCGAAGCAACAGCGACAGCAGUGAUGAUCAACAAGAACGACAGAAGCAAGAAGAUAACGCCAGCCAGCGAGCCCACACCACAGGUGGUGAUUGCGCGAGUCAACGCGACAAAGCUCCAACCAACAGCAAACCAUCGAUUGCUCCCAUCACAGCCGCUACUAAUGUAACCGCAGCUGAUCGUGGCGACAGUGGCGUGGGUGUUGUGCUCGCGACGCAUACACACUUGGCAGCCUACUUCAUUGGCAAGACAGCACCGCCCGUGCGCCUUCGCUACCCGUCCAGCGACGCCAUUGAUGAUGCAAUCGACACGCUGCUCGCUGCGGGUGCCCUGCGCCACCAGCCAACACGCAUUCGUGGUCUUCCCAACGACAGGAAGGUUGAUGAGCUUCCACUGCACCUCAUUGCCUGCCGCGACGCCGCGCGUGUGCACAUGUACUUGACAGACCCAGACUUUCUCGAUGCAAAAGCGCGAGCGGGACGCAUCACUGAGCUUGUGAGGGAUUUCAAGUCCGCACACGACGCUUUCGCGCACACGCACAUGCACUUGAGUUGUGCAUCAUCAGCGGCAGUUUCAUCAACGUUCGACGGCACUCGCACCACACUGCCACAUUCAGGAUCAUCAUCAACAACUACUUCAACUGCAACGACAACCACAACAACAACUACUUCAACUGCAACAACAACAACACGAUCAGCACCACUGCCAUCAUCAUUAUCAUCGUCAUCAGUGGCACGAACACCGCCAACCGUGGUUGAGGACCUGCGUCCGUUUGAGACGUUUGUCAAGUCGUCCGCUGCGCUCGUUCUACAAAGCAAGACGACACUGUUGCAGGCGGCACUGAACCGCCCAACUGCAUCGCCCGUGCACCAGGCAGCCCAGCACACGGUCACGCGCAUGGUCACGAAACAGCAGCAACACGAACAGCAAGAGCAGCAACAGCAACUGGGUAAGACUGACACAAAAGACACCGGUGUGCGUCAACGACAGCAGCAGCGUGGCGGUGAUGGUGACGACAACGAUAAAAUGGUACCGCGUUCACCAUCCAUGCAACGAUUGCGGCAGGGACGUGAGCAGUCACAGAUGCAGCUGACAGCGGCCACGCCCUUCCACGCGCGCGAGCUGCUUACCCCAGCCAGACCCAUGCAGCCGUUGCCUGCAGGCACGCACCACAUGCACGAGGCGAAACAACACUUGUUCUUCCAGUGGGAAAACAAGCCGGAGAGCACAGACCCGUGCCUGAUGACACUGACAGGACACGACGCAGGCGUCACAGACGUGAGUUUGCUCCUGAACGAUGAUGACGAACGACAAGAUGGCAAUGCCAGCAGUGGCAAUGCCAGCAGUGGCGAUGGUAGUGGUGAUGGCGGACAGUAUCUCUUGUCCAGCAGCAGCGACAAUAGCUUAAUUCUGUGGGAUGUGGACACGCAGUCAGACGUGACGGUUCUUCGCGGCCACACCAAGCGCGUUGCCUGCUGCACCCUCGCUCGUGGCAUCGCACGUCGUGGCGAUGGUGAUGGUGUUGAGGGUAGCGGCAGUGGCAGUGGCGGUGGUGCAAAUGGUGACGAUGAUCGGCAACAACAGGGCAGUGGUGGAAGCGUGUCAAUCACCGGCGUGCCAACAGCAGGGACAAGCACGCACACGGGGUCUGCGAAACGCACUGGCAGUACUGCUGACUGUAACACUAGCAGCAGCGGUGUGAGUGGUAAUGGCGGUGCGGCAGGUAGGCUGCGUGUGUUCUCUGGCUCGAAGGACAAGACGGUGCGGGUGUGGAACGCGUCCAGCGGCGACUCGAGCAUUCUCUUCAAAGCAGGGGGCGGCAUCACGUCGCUUACCCUCAUGUGCGAUGGUGCGCGCUUGGCUGUUGGCACGGGCGACAAGAAGGUGAUGAUCCUGGCGCUGCCACAAUCGGCACACUGCAGCCCUCGUGCUGAACAGAAAGCGGUCAAGCAACCUCGACCAUCAUCUUCAUCAACAGCUGCUGCUGCUGCGAAGUAUCACGCUGAUGUUCGCAGCAGUGGCGGCGGCGGCGGCGGUGGUGAUGGUGGUGGUGGCGUUGGCAUUGUUGCGCAUCAGCUGACUGGCCAUCGUGGCAGCGUUCGCUGUGUCGCUGCUGCUACAUACACGCCACGCGUUCUCUCCUGCGAUGAAAUAUCCGUCCGCGUGUGGGAUGGCGACGCCGGGUCGUGCCUGCAGGCAAUCACGGGUCUACGUGAUGUGACGUCAUGCUGCUUUGCCCGCGGCACAGAGGACUGGCUGGCGUUUUCCUCCGCAAAAACAGCGCUUGUUUACAGUCUUGACGAAGGUCGCUAUUCGCAGCACCGCGCCCUCGCUGGCCACACAGGAGCCAUCAAGACAGUCACUGCCAUUGACGCCACCCGCCUUGCCACAGGUGGUGACGACACCAUAGUUCGCAUCUGGGCUGCUCUCGACGGCGUGUGUUUGCGGGAACUGAGCGGACACGUGCGAUCUGUCACGUGCGCCGUCGCUUCAAGCAGGCUGCUUGCGAGUGGAAGCAAGGACAAAUCGAUCAAGUUGUUCGACAUUGAGACGGCACUGAGCACUGCCUCCUCAGCACCGCCAUCACAGCGCAGCCAUGCCAUCCCUGUUCCACAACUGCCAACAAUAGCGGCCGCAACAACACCAACGACAGCUAUGGCAACAACAAGCACUUCCUCGCGCGAAGGUGGCGAGCUGCCCUUGCUGCUGCACUCCACCUCCAUCCUCAGCUGUCAUGUGUUCAAGGACACUGUCUUUACCGCAUCUGCCGAUGCCACCGUGCGGUUUUGGGAUCGUCACACGCUCGCGCUGCGUGCACGCUUCACCGGCCACUCGUCGUGGGUGCUCACGCUCGCGUGCAACGAAGACCACGGCCUGUGCGUGUCUGGCAGCAACGACACGACGCUAUUCGUGUUUGACAUGAAAACGCUUCAACCGCUGGCGCACCUCAAGGGCCACAACGAACGCGUGGACGCGUGCGACAUUUCGCGCGACGCAAGCCUGGUUGUCUCUGGUUCAGCGGACACGUCCGUGCGGCUGUGGCGCGUGCCAAAGCGAACGGCAGCAGCCACAGCGACCACGGACACAACAGCAGAAGCAAGCACCGACACUACGGCAGCCACAGCUUCCCAUGCCACCACCACCACCACCACCACCACCACCACCACCACCACCACGUGUGGCAGCGGUGCGGAGGCUGGGGAGCUGGAAGAACUGUGCAUUUGGCGCCACGCCACACACAUGUCCAAGAUCAUCGGAUGCAAGUUCCACCCCGUGUUGCGUGUGGUCCUCUCCUGUGACGCUUCUGGCGCCGUCCACGUCAUCAAAACGCGGACAGGGGAGCUGGUGCGUAUUGCGCUGACGCGCGAGGAGCCGCCACGCCAGCUGUCCUGUUUUGCGCUUUCCGCAUUGGGAAAGUAUUUCGUCACGGGCGCUGCGUCCGGGGUGCUGACGGUCUAUCGACAAGCGGAGUUUCCGCCACCGUCACGCCGUGGCAGCGUUGCAGACACCAGUCUGGCAGUGCUCAAACACACGUACCGUGGCAACGAUGAUGGUGGUGUUGGUGGUGAUGUUGGUGUUGGUGGUGAUGUCGCACCACAGCGCGUUCGCAUUGCGACGUUGUUCAAAUCGCAAGGGUCUCUGGGCAUCCGCUUUGAUCCCAUCACAACGGUGACGGAGAGUGGUGCCGUUGUUGGCCUCAUCUACCCAAAGUCGCAAGCAGAUGCACGGCUCGACAUUCAGCAGGGGGACCGCGUUGUGUCUGUGAACGGCACCAACUUUGCGCACGCGUCUGUGCUGCAGCUGCUGACAGCGCUCGAUCGCAUUCCGGACCGCGUGCAAUUGGGACUCGUGCCGGACAGUGGCGCCGGUGGCCACGAUGCAACGGGUUGGCGCGAGCGGGGGCAUGGUGCGGCAAAGGAAUGUGGAGGCGAUGAUGAUGGCGAUGAUGGCGAUGAUGGUGAUGAUAAUGGUGGUGAUGGUGGUGAUGGUGGCGAUGGCGACGGGCGUGAAAGGCGGCAGCCGCGCGGGAGCUUUGACGUUGACACUGGACUCGGCCAGUCGCUGGCAACACAGGAGUCGAUGGCCGCUGAUGAGGAGGCGGUGCGGGAGGAGAUGCACACGCGUGGUGAUGGCGACCGUGCAAACGUGGCAGCAACGGCAGCAACGGCAGCAGACACUGCGCAGAAACAAGGCGAGACAGCCGGAGCAGAACAAGGAGGAACAGAAUCAUCGCAGGGAAAACAUGAAGCAGACACAGGAAUGGCAGGAACUGUGAACAAUGUGCACGCAAGUAACACCAUCACCACCACGACAGCCGCUGGCAGCGAUGACGACGAAGGGUUGAGCCCGGCGAGUGCGCAGCGGAGGCGAAACAACUUGCGAGAGAGCGCGAAACGCGUGCUGAUGGUGAAGCGAUGGGCUGCGGGCCACCGCGAUGGCGUGCAGUGGGAGAACACGCAGAGCCCCAUAUGGACGGGGCAGCACACGGAUGCGGUGGCGGCGGCGGUGUUUGCCAUGCGUGAUGCCCUCCUCAUCACCGCCAGCAGGGACGCCAGCAUCAAGGUGUGGUCGACUGUGCAGGGCGCGCUGCUUGCUAAUCUUGUUGCUGCGCCGUGUGCUCUCCACUGCAUUGCCGUCACAGCUGACCCCGCCCUCACACUGUUUGUGGGCGAUACCAAAGGCCAUCUCGCUGUGCUGCGCGCGCUCUCCAGCCCACAGCUACACCAGAGUGACGACGAAGAUGAUGAUGAUGAUGACGGUGAUGAUAAUGUCGAUGGUCGUGGUCGUGGUGGUGGUGGAGUGCGACACUAAUGCAGGGUGUAAUCGCGGUACUUCACACUGUUUGUGAUGCGUGCAUGAAAUCCCACCAACCAUCCUUUUGUACUCGAAGAAAUAGACGAACGCAAUCUGA